AUGGAGAGAAGAAAAAGGGUCACCGAGAAAGAUGAUGAAGGCGGAGGGAGGAGGCCUAAGAAGCUGCAGCAGCAGCACCCGCAGCGUCAUGUGAAUAAUAAUAAUAAUAAUAAUAAUAAGAAGAAGGAGGAGGAGGAGGAGGAGAAGGAGGGUGCUGCUGACGUGGCGACGGAGGAGGAAGUGGAGGAGUUUUUUGCUAUAGUGAGGAGGAUGCAGGCGGCUGUCAAGUAUUUUGAGAAAGCUGCUGCGAAUACUACCAAAGGAGGAGGAGGAGAUCAUCCGAUUCAGAGCGGCUGGAGAGUUGCCUUGGAGUCUACAGAGCCGCUGCUGGCUGUGGAGGUUGACGACGCCGCAGAUCAUGAUGCUCAUGAUGAUCAAGAGGCAGCAGAGGCAGAAGCAGUGGUGGCACCAGAUGAUAAUAAGGACGAAGGAGAUGACGAGAAUGGAGUUCUAGACUUGAAUGAGGCCCCAGACGACAUCACGGAGGAGACUUGA